ACAUACGGUGGACCUGCAGGUUGAGGAGAGACAGACACGGGCCGCCUGGAACCAUGAGUGAUUGUUGACUGACUGCUUGCUGGCUGGCUUGCUGCUGCUACUGCUGGUGGUGGUUGCUGGUGGUUGCUGGCUGAUGGGUGUUAUUGUGCUCCUACUGCUGCUCUUGUUCUCGCUGCUCUUGCUCUCACUGCUCCUACUCUUUCUUCCAUUCUACUGCUACUACCUACCUACCUACCUACCUACCUACCUACCUACCUACCUACCUACCUACCUACCUACCUACCUACCUACUACCUACCUACCUUACCUUACCACCUUACGAUUACUACCACUACUACCACCACUACCACCACUACCACUACCACCAUCGUUUCCGUCUGCCAACCAACGAGUGUUCGUUCCCUUUUCCCAACCCAACCCCCCCCGCCGUCACCCUCCUUUAUCUCUUGCUCGCUCUCUCGCUCUUCUCUACCUUAGUUUAAGUCCGACGUGUAUCGACCUCACCAAGUAAGUGUGGGAUUUUCUUCGAUUGUGUUUUCUUGGUACUGCUUUGUGUUGUGUAGCGAAACGACUACUUUGUCCCCUAUGAUCC